GCACUUGAGUGUUUCACGUGCUCACAGGCAGAUGGCUAUUCGGUGUCAGUCCAUUGAAGUGAUCGAUGUAAACAACAAAACAGUGUGAGCGCAGCAGGCGCAGAUUCUACAUUCAAUCAUGGCAUUAUUACAUAAAAAAUCUAGUGAAAUACCGGAGGAUGCCGUGAGAUUAAACGAAAAGGAUGCCUUGAUCUACUUCAUGAAACUGGUUGACGGUUGGCCGGAUAAGUGGGAAAUAUGGCCCUUGGCGUUCACCCCUGGAAUUCUGGGAGCAUCGACGGUCAUGUCCAGCAUCUACAUCAAUACUCACUACCGAGGGAAGCUCAAGCUGGGCACCUACGGGCGCCUGUCCAGUUACAUCCCGGCAGUGAUACUGCCGGCCCUAAUGACCACAUUUUUUCACAAAUUCUACGUGGUACCGGAAGUGGUGCUCAACACACGCCAGUGUCCGGUUUGUGUUCAAACCAAGGCUGGACUGCUGCAGGCAGGGUUCAGCACCGCUUACCCGAUGCUGCUAGCCCCGAUGUCUGCCUUCAUGUUCGCCACGCGACAUUUCACCUACCGGUUGCCAUCGAUUACCGAACACCCGCGGGAAGUCGCCAAACUGUACAAGAAACUGUCCAGUCCGAUUAUGAUGCCGGUGAUUGCCCUGCUGGCUUUCAACAUGAUGACGUCGAUGUUCCUUACGGGCAAAGAGAUUCAGACUGUGUACGACAUUAACCUGAAACUGCAGGAAAAGGAGCAGGUGGAAGAGUUGGAGGAAUGAUGGAAGAAGUACUCAUAGGUUGAGAUGUAAUUUUGUAGAUAAAUGUUGAAUAGAAAUAAAAUGAUAAACAUUUA